AUGGCGGAAUCGCGGUUCGAAUACGUGAAGGGCUUCGAGCUCCCCGACCCGCUCCUGCCGGACACAUACAUGCUCAUGCGAGUCGACGGGCACUCCUUUCACAGGUUCUCUGCAGAGCAUAACUUCGAAAAGCCGAACGACGAGCGCGCGCUGCGCCUGAUGGAUCGCGCGGCGAGGGCCGUCAUGGACGAGUACCCGGACGUGGUGCUCGCAUUUGGAGAGUCGGACGAGUACAGCUUCCUCCUGCGCAAAUCCGCGGCCCUGUAUAACAGGCGCCACGCCAAGAUCCUCUCGACGCUCACGUCGCUCUUCACCGCCGCAUACGUGAUGCACUGGCCCGCGCACUUCCCGGACGAGCCGCUGCGCUACGCGCCCGCGUUCGACGCGCGCAUCGUGCUGUACCCGUCCGCGCGAGCGGUGCGGGACUAUUUCGCGUGGAGGCAGGCAGACACGCACAUCAACAACCUGUACAACACGACGUUCUGGGCGCUCGUACAACAGGGCGGGCUCUCGACAAAGGAGGCGCACGAGUCGCUGCGGGGGACGGUGUCGGGCCAAAAGCACGAGAUCUUGUUUUCGCGGUUUAAUGUGAACUACAACGCGCUGCCGGCGCGGUUCCGCAAGGGCAGCGUCAUGGUGCGCGAGGAGAUCCCGGACGAGGAGCUCGUGGGAGUUCCUAUGGGCUCGGUAUCCGCGGCAGAUCCCGUCGGCGAAUCGUCGUCGGGCACGCAAUCCACCAGCGAAAAUAUCGGCCCCGAAGGACAUGCGACGAGUGCGACCCAGCCAGACACGCUCGCCGAGCGAUCCCCGAGCGAUCCCGACGUGCUCGAGUCCUCACAACCCGACGCGCCACCCAUGUUGCCCCAGGGCGCGGACAACAAGGGCAGCAAAAAGGCGCAGAAGCGGCUCGCGCGCGCGCAGGCCAAGGGGGCGGCGUCGGGCGCGCAGAAGAAGGACAGGGGGGAGAAGGGGAAGGCGCGGCGGACGCGCGUGGUGCUUGUGCAUUGCGACGUUAUUGGGGACGCGUUUUGGGACGCGCGGGGGUAUUUGUUGGAGCCGUGAGGUCGCGCGAAGGGCGGUACGUGUGUGUGUGUAUGUGUGUACGUAUGGGCCGUGUACGGUACAAGUUGGUGACGGCGUCGGGCGGAUUCGACGCUUGCGGUGUGGUCGGCGAUGAAUGGGAUCCUGCAGUGGCUGCUAUCCC